AUGGAACUCAAUAGUAGUAAAUUUUCGAGAUUUGCAUUGAACAGAAACACAAAGGAGGAGACUAACGCAGACUUUGAUAUGUCCAACUCCUCCUACGAUGUGGAUUCGAUUUACAACCCUGCCUCAAUUCCGGGCCAUGAAUUCAAUGUGCCAUCAUUUGUGCCAUUUGGUAUAUUUAGAGGUUUUGACGCCUCAGUUCGAACAGUAGCUAGUAUAUACACAAACGAGAAAGUAAAUAAGAGCGUUCAGGAACAAUAUGAAAAAAUGUACCUAGAAAGCAUAAAUAACCCAGACGAGUUUUGGGGGAAGCUGGCAACAUCAUCCCUGCACUGGAUAGCGCCAUUUACGAAAGUAUCCGAGGGAAACUUCUCGGAUAAAAAUUACGCAUGGUUCCUUAACGGAAAACUUAACGCCUGCUACAACUGCGUGGACAGAUGGGCAGAGACGAAGCCAGAGGCGCUGGCAAUAAUUUACGAGGGCGACGAGCCUGACGAUCAGCGCAAAAUCACGUUCAAGGAGCUGAAAAUCAACGUAUGCAAAGUGGCGAACGUACUGAAGAGUAAGGGAGUGAAAAAGGGAGACUGUAUAACAAUAUACAUGCCGACAAUCCCAGAGUUGGCGUACGCAGUGCUGGCGUGCGCAAGGAUCGGAGCAGUGCACUCAGUAGUGUUUGGAGGCUUCUCAGCGACAUCGGUAGCAGAAAGAAUACACGACUCGCACUCGACGAUUGUGUUGACGGCAGAUGGGGGGCUGAGAGCGGGGAAGCACAUCAAGACGAAGGACAUCAUGGACGACGCACUCACGCGCUGCUCAUUCGUAAAACACUGCCUAGUCUUCAAGAAUAUCGGCUCGGACGUGAAUAUGGAGUACGAAAGAGACGUGUGGAUGCACGACGCAAUGGACGCAGUGAGGCCCUACUGCCCAGUGGAGACGAUGGACAGCGAAGACACACUGUUCAUCCUGUACACAUCAGGCUCGACAGGGAAGCCGAAGGGCCUGGCGCACACGACAGGAGGGUACCUGGUGUACGCGUACGCAACAGUGAAGUAUAUCUUUGACGCACACGAAGGAGACGUGUUCGGAUGUAUGGCAGAUGUGGGAUGGAUCACAGGACACACGUACGUGGUCUACGGACCACUGCUCAACGGACUGACGACGGUGAUGUUCGGCUCGCUGCCAAAUUACCCGGGGCCGGACAGAUACUGGAAGAUCGUGAAGGAGCACAACGUGGCGCAGUUCUACACGGCGCCCACGGCAAUCAGAAGCCUCAUGAAGUACGGAGACGCGCCGCUCGAAGAAUACGACCUGACCAGCCUGAGAGUGCUCGGCAGCGUCGGAGAGCCGAUCAACCCGGAGGCGUGGAAGUGGUACUACAACGUGGUGGGCAAGGGCAAGGUGGCAGUGGUGGACACGUACUGGCAGACUGAGACGGGAGGGAUCAUAAUAUCACCGCUCCCAGGAGCAACCUUCACGAAGCCGGGCUCUGCCACGUACCCCUUCUUCGGAAUAGAACUCGGCAUCGUCGACUCGACGACGGGAGAGGAGGUCGAGGGAAACGGGGGCACGGGGCUGCUGUGCAUCAAGAAGCCGUGGCCAGGCAUCUUCAGAACGAUUCACCGCGACCACGGGAGACUCAACUCGACCUACUUUCCGACGAAGUACCCCUACUACUUCACGGGCGACGGAGCGUUCAAGGAUAAGCACGGGUACAUCUGGAUCUCGGGGCGCGUGGAUGACACGAUCAACGUGUCGGGGCACCGACUCUGCAGCGCGGAGAUAGAGCACGCGCUCGUGCAGGUGGACAUGGUUGCGGAGGCGGCAGUGGUGGGAUACCCGCACCCGAUCAAGGGCCAGGGCAUAUUCUGCUUCGUGACGCUCAAGGACUCGACGCGCGCGCUGCAGAAGGAGGAGAUCAUCGGGCGCCUCAAGAUGAGCAUCCGCCACUUCGUGGGACCCUUCGCGACGCCCGACGUGGUCCUGAUCACGCCGCACCUGCCGAAGACGCGCAGCGGCAAGAUCAUGCGCAGGAUCCUGCGCAGACUCGCCUCGAAGAACUUCGACGACCUGGGCGACACGUCGACGCUGGCGAACCCCGAGUCGGUGAAGAUGCUGAUCGACGAGGUGAAGCUGCUGUGA